AUGGACGAGUCGAUGGUCAAGGUGGAGAUGGAAAAUGACGACGACGAGGAUGAGAACAACGAAGAGGGCGACUACUCGGACAGCGACAACCUGGGAAAGCACUUUUUCGCCACCAGUGAGGGACCGAAGCGAAAGCGGCAGAGGAUGUUCGAAGAUAGAAGAGCUAGAGAUAAAGAAGAGGUGAAAGAAGAAAUUGAUGGCAGUGGCAUUGGAGGCCCCUCUGACCCCACAGAGAACAUGGAAGACCUCGAGGAGGAGUCCGAGUCGGUGAGCAACAACCACCAGAUUGACACCGUCGGACUGAAGUGCUGGUUCGGCGAGUGCCAGGCAAUGCUGGAGGACCGGGCGAAGCUCAAUCAGCACCUCUUCUUUGAGCACGAAAAGACGCUGCCCUACCAGUGUCGGGUGGUUGGCUGCGGCCGGCAGUUUGACGUCAGAAAGGACUUCUGGCAGCACAUCCGCAAUGGCCACGCCGACUACACCUGCUCCAUCUGUUCGAUCAAGUUCAACGGCUACUUUCCCUUCAUCACGCACGAGUUUCAGCAGCACGAGGAGGGCAUCUUCAGGUGCAGCCGCGUAGGCUGCGACUUUGUGGCCGCCAUUCGCGACCUGGUGUACAAGCACGCCAAGACGGAGCACGUCAAGUUCGUGUGCACCUUCGCCGGCUGCGACGCCACCUUUGAGUGCUACUCCUACCUGAAGCGACACCGGCGCAUUCACUCCCAAGUGAAGCCGUACUGCUGCAAGUGGCCCGGCUGCGGCUACAGCAGCACCCAGUGCGGCGCCGUCAUUCAGCACAUCAGGAUACGUCAUUUUCGGCUGCCCAGUUCGGUGAAGAAGCAGAGGGAGCUGAACAUUAUCGAUCAACGCAAUCCGAACGACUACCUGGAGCUGCCCAGUUCGGUGAAGAAGCAGAGGGAGCUGAACAUUAUCGAUCAACGCAAUCCGAACGACUACCUGGAGGUGAUCACCGAGCUGCUGAACUAG